GCCAAGAUGGCGGCCUGCAAAUUCUACAUCGUCAUUAUCAACAUUGUUGCUUUGCUUUUUGGUGCAAAAUCGCUCAACAAUGGACUUGCAAGGACUCCACCAAGUAAGAUUUCAUAACUCUUAGCAUUAUGAAGUUCUAUACUAGAUCUACUCUGCACUUGAAAUUUCUCGGAGCUCCCAAAGUUUAAUAUGCAAGAUAAACAAAAUUGGUUAGAAAGAUAAAGUUUUUGUUUGGAUAAAACUAAAUCCUUUAGGUGCUAGGAUAAGUUUUAGCAACAUAUUUGAAUUUUUAUAUCAAGGAUUGAUGCAAAUUCAUAUUAGCUAACUACAGAAUACCUUGCCAAUUUAAAGCAACCCUUAAGAAUAUACCUGCCAACUUUUUCUGAGUCAAACCCAAAUGGGUCAUGACUAAAGGAUUUCAUCCACAGACUCAAAAGUUGGACAUUACUUUCAAAUUAAACAAAUACAGUCAACUGGUCUCAACUCNCGAGAUAGUCGCGGCUACUUCGAACUUUGGUAGUACCGGAAGUGCUCGGCUUAAAAUCAGUGGUAGAUUUAACUUUACACUUCAACAAUCCAUUAAGGUCAUUUUUAUAGUCCAAUGGUUCGAUGCUUCUAUCUCUGUAGCCUGCAUAAGAGGCGCUUUAUGGGCCAAGUGAGGUGUUUGCCUCGCUUGGAUAUGAUGUCAGUCCCCCCAGUGAUCCCCGGUGUUCCUUCCCCCCCACCCCCCACACCCCGGUGUCAGGUGCUAAUCAGGUGACGAUGUUGCGUCGUUUCCUAUCAUGCUUUCUCAAGAAGUUUAUGCCAAGAUGGCGGCCUGCAAAUUCUACAUCGUCAUUAUCAACAUUGUUGCUUUGCUUUUUGGUGCAAAAUCGCUCAACAAUGGACUUGCAAGGACUCCACCAAGUAAGAUUUCAUAACUCUUAGCAUUAUGAAGUUCUAUACUAGAUCUACUCUGCACUUGAAAUUUCUCGGAGCUCCCAAAGUUUAAUAUGCAAGAUAAACAAAAUUGGUUAGAAAGAUAAAGUUUUUGUUUGGAUAAAACUAAAUCCUUUAGGUGCUAGGAUAAGUUUUAGCAACAUAUUUGAAUUUUUAUAUCAAGGAUUGAUGCAAAUUCAUAUUAGCUAACUACAGAAUACCUUGCCAAUUUAAAGCAACCCUUAAAAAUAUACCUGCCAACUUUUUCUGAGUCAAACCCAAAUGGGUCAUGACUAAAGGAUUUCAUCCACAGACUCAAAAGUUGGACAUUACUUUCAAAUUAAACAAAUACAGUCAACUGGUCUCAACUCCUUCUUAAUGGACACCUCUAUAAGAUUGGAUGGACACCUUGUGAAAAUGAAAACCUAGAGUUUUUCCCUUCCUUUCUUUUCCUUGUUUCAUUAACCCUCAAAUCCUGUUGAAGUCCCGAAAGUUUUUUGCAUGUUAAUGUGCAAUUUGUUGCUUAAAUUGCAACUACCACUGUGACAAUCAUAUCUUCAUAUUUUAUAUUUUAUUUCCUUUGUUCACAUUAUCUUCGUUAGUAGACCCUCUAUAAGACGGAGACAUACUUCCAGCCCCAGAGGUGUCCAUCUUAGGGAUCCAUAAUUAGCAUCAUCUGAAAAUAUUGCUGAAGUUGUCAUUUUUAUUAGCAUGGUCAUGUCAUGAAUCAGACCAAUCCCAGUCUUUAAAGUUUGGAAAAUUGCUUAGCAUGUAUACGUUGCAGGUCAAAAUUAAAUUCAAGCUAAAAUUUUUUAACUGUGGUUCAUUCUUAAUUUCCUUUGCCUCCUGGUCCUAAUUAUUCAUGAAUUAGUGCUAGGAGACUAAGGAAAUUGAGAAUCAACCUACAAUCUGCGUCACAAAUCGUUGAAACAGAAACUGUUUUUCUUGAAUUUUUUCGAAAAUGUAUUGCAUUCACUCUUCUCACCUUUGUUCUCACUCAAAUGUGCCCUUCUGCUUUCCCAAUAUGUUGAGCCACAUGUAUUUUGGACCACUGAGAUGACUGUAAUACCCAAAUCAACAUUGGGGAAGGGGAAAAGCACCCAAGUGUUUCAAGAUUUGUGACAAGUAUCGUAGGUUAAAAAAUUCUAAUCUGAAUUUAACUUUGACCGAAUAUAAACAUGAUUUACAGUUAAAGCACUGGGCUCAAGUGCUAAAAUGCAUUACUUUCCCCCCUUUCUUUCAGUGGGAUGGAUGGCCUGGGUAAAGUUCCGCUGCUCUAUAAGGUAAUGGUACUGUUAGCAGUAGUGGUUAACUAUAACAUUAAUGUAGAACGUUAUUAUUCCUGAUCGUCAUAAACCUCUUUAGCUUAGCUUUUCCAAUAUAGUCAACUCCCUUUGUUGCGGAACUGUAGGGACCUUGGGCUGGUGUCAUUAUUAGCAUUAGCGAGGGUCCGUAAUAGCAAGAGUUUAUUUCAGUCAAACGUCUGUACAGUCUAACCUCUCCUUGCAGACACCUCUGUAAUACGGACACCUCUCUCUUACGUACAGUUCAUUUGAUCCCAGAAAUGCCAAAAAUCACACAUUUUCUCCCCCUAUAAUAUGGACACCUCUGUAAAGCAGACACUUGGAUCUUUCCCUUUGGUGUCCGUAUUGAAGAAGUUUGGCUGUAGUUUGCUUUUCAAGGAAUUUGACUGCUCUCUGUAUUAUCAGGGUGUCCGUUAUAGUGGGGUGUCCACAAGGCCAGAGUUUGCUGUAUGGGAAAUUUGAUUUCUAUAAGGGAAUUUUCUCUUUUAUUGUCGAUCUCUUUAUAGCGAAUGCUUUCAUGCAUUCACACAUGUGAAUAAUAUGAAAUUUGAAAUGAAAGGCUCUGCUCAACCCCCUCCGUCAAUAAUAUUUUUAUAUCAUUUUCCAUUAUUUACUUUUUGAACCAUGUUAUAGAUAUUAAAUAUAUAGAUAUGGCUGAAUGAUUUCUAUGUGCAAUUUUUAAUUUGGUACCUUUUGCUUGCAUGUUAUUUUUAUGUUAGUUUUCUACCUGUUACAUAUUAGUACAUAUCAGUUAAACUAACUUGGUUUUUUUUUUAGUGAAGACCUUGUAAAAACAAUGGCAGAUCACAUUGUUUCUGCUGGUUACAAAGAUGUUGGUUAUGAGUAUGUUUCCAUUGAUGUAAGUAAAGUAAUCCACUGUGAUGUACAUGUUUUGUGUCACAGUUUUAUUCCCUUUAAGUGACGUAAAGUUCUGAAAGUGCCACUUUCAAUGGGGCAGUACUUUUCAAAAAUCCGACACUAACUUUUAUCUACAUAAUUCUGACUUUAUGAUUCCUAGAUUCAACACAAUAACUUUUGGUAAACAUUCUAUAAAAUAUCUUGGUCUGUAUCCACAGUGUAAAUUACCAAUAGCCUUAAGAACGUUAACUGAAAUUGAUAAAUUUAAAAAGAAAUUAGGAAAAGUGAUUUGGCUGUUAACUUGAUGGAAAACAAAUGUGGGUGGGAAUGCACCUUAAGUAACUCUUAAAUCUUUCUUGCUUUGUAUAUAUAAACUAUUUGUUUUAACUGUUAUUAUUUUAGUUUAUUGCUCUACUUAUAUAUUGUUUAUUUCAUAGUAUCCCCAAUUAGCUUUAUAGCUAAAGUACCUGACACUUGAAUAAAGUUUAUUAUCAUCAUCAUUAUUAUUAUUAUUAUUAUUAUUAUUGUUCACCAAAGUAGAUAACACUGUUGUUUCAAACACUUGAAAGUUCUGAUUCUAUUAUUUAGAUCCUUGUACAUGUUUCCACAUGGUUAGUUAAAUCACUAUAAAUAAAAUGAAAACUGCCUCAGCCUGCAUUACUGGUAUGACCUUGGUCUAUUCCACUGUUGUUGCAAUUCAAUAUAAGCACUAUAAAAUGCAAUUUAUUAUAUACCUAAGUUCUCACACGUAACACCAGCUCUAUACAAACUUCGUUGGCUUCCUAUCACCUGUUGUGUCAAGUUUAAGAUUCUAAUAAUUUUACUUUCAAAUCAAUUUAUGGACUGAUGCCAUCCUUUUUUAGUGAUCAGUUUGAUACAGCUCUGUGGAACAGCCUACUGGCUGACCUGCACAAGAUCAUGACAUUUAGUGUUCUUAAAGACAAACUUAAGACAUUUUUGUAACAUAUAUUUGCAUUCCAGGUACGAGAACGCAACCCCUAAUUUGUGUUGGGUGUUUUGUGCAUUAUUGGGUGACCUGUGCAAUUAAUAAGGGAGGUUUUUUUGAGAUUGCAUUUUCGUUUGUCGUCGACACACAUUUGCCUCACUGUGAGGCGCUGCCUAAGUUUUGCCUCACUUUGACGCGCUAACUCAUGUGGUGAUUCUUGUGUCCUCAGGGUUCAUCUUUCAAAGGUUUGCUAAGGUCUGAUAUUCUUCAUAAAGCAUUCAUCUUUUAACAAGUUUGCUGAAUCUUCGUGAAACGUACAUCAAUCUGUGAUUGCUGAAUCGUUUAAAGCGUUCAUCUUUCAGGAGUUUGCUGUUAAAUUUUGCUUUGGAUUAAGCCUCCAUAUUUUUCAGCAUGGUUCGUCACUGUCUUUGGAAAAUGUCUGCGACUACUCGUGCAUGCAUUAAACCGGGUUUAGUUCAGUGGCUGUUAUGCCACAAAGUAAAUUUACCCAGUUGUGUAGCUCGGCGGCUGUUUUGUCACAAAGUAAAUUUACGAGUUAAUCAACACGGUCGACCAACUUACUGGAAAAGUUAUUGACGUGAGCCGCACACACGUUCCAUUGAAGGCUUUGAUAGGGUUAGUGCAAAGUUUGAAUUCAGAUGUGAAAGCUUUUAAACCAGUAAAUUCAAUGAAAUUCAUUUUGUCAACAAGUUGAUGAUUGGAUGCUGUUAAAAAUAACAGAGAAAAUUAUCCGAAGAAAUGUUUUUGAAGAAAGAAAAAGAAUCCCAGGUUAAGAACUAAUCGGCCUUUGAGAAACUGCGUCCUGUAACUCACGCCAGUAAAACAAAAUGUUCCAUUUACACGUCCGACGAUGGCCAAUGUCUCCUCCGAUUAAAAGCACUUGACACUGAACCAUACGAUAUCUUUUGAAAACGUUCUUAAAAUGAUACACAGUUUAAAUAGAGGUUUCGCUGUACGCAACUCUUACGUUCAAAAUAUGCCAUAAUCAUAUUUACCUACAUCGCAACCACCCUUCCACCUCAACAAACAUAUCGAACGCACUCUCCUAAGCUCCGAUUACUCCUAGAUUAAUUAUUAUUUUGUGAAGCGCUAUAUCAGCAUACAUGUAAAAAGCACUAUACAUGAAUAAGUUGUUAAAUUGUGAUUAUUGUUAUUAUUAUUAUUAUUGUUGUUGUUGUUGAUGACAUCAAAGCUGCUACUAUUAUUUUAGGAUUGUUGGAUGGCACACAAUCGCACAGCAUGGGGAGAACUACAACCAAAUCCAACGGCUUUUCCUAAUGGGAUGAAAGCUGUUGCUGACUAC